AUGCCUACCAAAAAGCACCCCAACGAUUCAAGCCAUUUCCCGACAAAGAUCAAGAAUUUUUUCCGCAUCAACAGCUCAAGUAGCACGUCCUCUCACCAAUCGAACAACCCUGCCAACAGCGCUGAGCGGGAUGUCGGUGCUUCGACCCCUGUCAAACAUGAGAACAAGUCUACCUUCAGACAGUCGCGAUUUCUCCCAAUCAUUGGUCGCAAUCGCUCCGCCACAGUUGCGAGUGAAGGGAAUCCCUUAGAUGACGCGAUUUCCCCGACCGCGACGGCGAAUCCUUACUUUGUCCACCAGGGCCAACCCGCCCUACAGCAUCGCAAUGACGGCUCGAUGCCUUCUUCGCCCCCGGAUACCCCAGAGUUACAGGUUGAUGGUGUUUCGGCGGCAGAACAAGCCACAACUGCCAACAAGGAGGAACUUGCUCGGAAAUUACGCCGUGUGGCUUCAGCUCCAAACGCUCAAGGCCUGUUCAGUGCUACCGAUCCCGAUGGCCGACCUCAGACUGCAGAGCUAGGUAAGGAGCCUUUAGUGCACUCAGGUGCUGCUGGCUCUUCUGUUGGUUUGGUUGAAGUGAACGCGAACACCGAUCAGGAUGGCAAUCUCGCCGUUCCACAGCCUGGUUCCGGCAAGCUUCCUGCCAUCACUCAAAUCCGCACUUCUAGCGGUGGUUUCCGUCGAACAUACAGCUCCAACUCUAUCAAAGUUCGUAAUGUGGAGGUGGGACCUGCCAGCUUUGAUAAGAUCAAGCUCAUUGGCAAAGGUGAUGUUGGCAAGGUUUACCUUGUCAGGGAAAAGAAGUCGACUCGCUUAUAUGCCAUGAAGGUUCUCAGCAAAAAGGAAAUGAUCAAGCGUAAUAAGAUCAAGCGGGCACUGGCAGAGCAGGAAAUCCUUGCCACCAGUAAUCAUCCUUUCAUCGUCACACUCUACCACUCCUUCCAGUCUGAAGACUAUCUCUACCUGUGUAUGGAAUACUGCAGUGGUGGAGAGUUCUUCCGAGCUCUACAAACUCGGCCGGGAAAAUGCAUAUCGGAAGAUGCUGCUCGAUUCUACGCAGCCGAGGUCACUGCUGCCCUUGAGUAUCUCCAUCUCAUGGGAUUUAUCUAUCGUGAUCUGAAGCCAGAAAAUAUUCUGCUUCAUCAGUCGGGGCAUAUCAUGCUGUCAGAUUUUGACCUCUCAAAACAAUCCGGACCAGGGGGCGCGCCUACGAUGAUUCCCGCACGGAGCGGCAAUUCCAACACGGCCUUCCCUACGAUUGACACCAAGUCUUGUAUUGCCGAUUUCAGAACCAACUCGUUUGUCGGUACUGAGGAAUACAUCGCGCCGGAAGUGAUCAAAGGGUGCGGUCAUACUAGCGCUGUAGAUUGGUGGACCUUGGGCAUCCUCAUUUACGAAAUGCUUUACGGAACUACACCUUUCAAGGGCAAGAACAGAAAUGCCACAUUUGGCAAUAUCCUACGCGACGAGGUGCCGUUUCCAGAACAAGGUGGUGCACAGCCAAUAUCCAACAUUUGCAAAUCCCUGAUCCGCAAGCUCCUCAUCAAAGACGAGACAAAGCGUCUCGGGGCUCGAGCUGGCGCCUCGGAUGUCAAGACGCACCCCUUCUUCCGGCAAACACAGUGGGCUCUGAUUCGCCACAUGAAGCCUCCCAUGAUCCCUCACCAAAGCCGUGGAAGCGAGGCGGUCAACUUCCGCAAUGUCAAGGAGAGCGCAAGCGUUGACAUUGGUGAAAAGAACCCUUCCAAGAUGAAGGGCGUUCCCCUGAAUUCUGGCCUCGCUACGCCCAACGGCGAAAUAGCUGACCCCUUCGAAGAGUUCAACAGCGUCACUCUUCACCAUGACGGCGACUUUUAA